AUGUCUAGACAAACAUCUAGGCUUGAUGCAAAGAAAGUCAAUGCAGAACUAUUGACACUUACUUAUGGGGCCUUAGUAUCACAAAUGCUAAAGGAAACUGAAAAUACUGAUGAUGUAAAUAAACAUUUAGAACGCAUUGGAUACAAUAUGGGCGUACGUUUGAUUGAAGAUUUUCUCGCCCGAACUACUUCCAACCGUUGUUUGGAGAUGAGAGAGACUGCUGAUAAAAUCCAACAAGCUUUCAGGUUAUAUCUGAACAUGCAACCUACAGUAACUAGUUGGAGUAGUUCAGGGGAUGAGUUUUCUCUUGUAUGGGAUCAGUGUCCACUGAGUGAGUGGGUAGAGUUACCAAAUAAUGGUCUUAAAUAUUGUGCCCUUAUACCUGGCGCUAUUCGUGGCGCUUUGCAAAUGGUUCAGCUGGAAGUACAAUGCUGGUUUGUCCAGGAUCAAUUGAAAGGCGAUGCCGUGACUGAGCUCCGAGUGAAAUAUAUCAAGAGAUUAGAAGACGCCGUGCCGGCUGGCGAAGAU